AUGACUAUGACUACUUUCUCUAAUGCAUCCACAUCUCAACUUGACGAAGACGAUUUCAAAACAAAUGGAAAAAAUAAUGAUAACCAUAAACCAGAAUGGAUUUUUAUUCAAGAAUCAUUCGUUUGCACUUCGCCUGAAGAACCGAUUCAACACAUAAUUCCUGAACCAAAUCCGUGUAUUAAAGUUCCAUUCCCCCCCGAGAUUAAUCCAUUUGAGCUAAUAAGAACCGAUGAAAAGGGAGAGUUACGUUCUCGUUGCACCAAUAAAUUUCUCAUUUAUCGUAACGAAUAUGCCAAACAACUUGAGACUUACGGUUAUAAAAUUUCAAUGCGAAAGGUUUCUUGUAUGGCUGCAAGAGCAUGGAAAGAAGAACCAAACUAUGUUAUUCGUUAUUAUGAAGAUAUUGCAAGAGAAGUCGAAAAACUUCAUGUACAAUUAUCAAUGACAUCGGCCCCUUCUGAAACAGCGUUUUCUUCAUCAUCUGAUUCUGGCUCCGAAUCACCGACAAUUUCAGUUAACUCGGACAAUUUUUCCUCGAGUCCAACUGAUUUACCGGAUUCAUUGGAAUCUUUACCGGACAUUCAAUUUGAACAAAGCAUAAAUCAAGAUUCAAUGCGCAUAAAUUCACUAGAACACGAAAUCACCGACAUUAACAAUUCGAUUCAACAUAACGAGCUGGUGAUGAGCGAUAAUUAUCAUUUAUUGCAGCAUGAAUUGACCCAGAAUUCGAAUUUAUCGUUUCCGAUUCAUUAUUUAAAUUUUCCACAAGGAAUGAUUCAAUUUCCUCAUAAUUAUUUCGGCGAACCAAUAAUAUACGACGACACCCGUGAAGUGAAUUCAUGCAUGAAUAUGAAUGCUGUCCCCGUUGGUUUGCAAUGGAAUAUGGAAUACUAUUGA